UUUCUCUCCCCCUUCUCUUGUUUCUUCAUUGUUUGUUCUUUCACCUUCCUUUCUUCCCCCCAACCUCCUCUUUCUCUUUCUUUUUUCUCUCCCUUUUGUUUUUCCUCUCUUUCUCUUCCUCCAUUUUAAUCUGGCCUUGAUUUUUAGUACCAGGACUUGAUGAUGUCCAAGAAGAAAAAGAGAAGAAAUUUCAUGUUAGAAGUUCAUUAUUUCGUGUGUAGCUUUGACAUCACGAAUAUGGUGCUGAUUUAAUCUCAAGAAUAGAUUUUCUUCCUCUUAACAGAUGAUUUGGAUGAUUUGCAUUGAAAUGUAUUAUGAGCAAUCAUUCUCCACCGAAUAACCAUUAUCUAUCAUCUAUAUUUUCUCUGUUCUGGACUCGUCCUCGGCGCCGGUUAAUAAAGAUUGUCUGGUAAUAAAUGGUGGCCCCAGGAAUUCUGGGGUUCCAGUGUGUUGUAGUCGGGUUGCUGCUGGUUCUUUGUUUGGUAAUCUGACAAAAGCAGCGGAAUGCUGGGGAGAGGAAGGAGGAAGUCACGACGCUGCUCUUUAUGGCCUCCCAGGAAGUCGAUAUGGUCAAGGCUCAAGCUGUAGCUGAGUACUCCAGCUACUUGAAGCCGUACCAAUGUGCAGUCUGCUUUUGCCCCACAACCACGCGUUGCUCCCUGUGCAAGUCUGCUCGCUACUGUCCUUCUAUGGUUGCUCUGGUAAGUGUCAAAUUAUUCACUGGAGACAAGGUCACAAGGAUGAAUGCCAUCCUUCAACUGAUUUUGCAACACACAGAAAUUUACGGUGAGGAUUUUGGAGUGGAGGGUGAAUUUAAGGACUCUCCUAAAGCUUCACUUCUGGAAGAAGGUGAGGAUGAUAAUGGUGAACAUUCCAGAGGAGUACCUACAGAAUUUGCAUCAUCCAGUGCAUCAGCAUUUGCUGAUACCAAUCUUUCUGAUGAUUUUGAUCCUGAUAUGGCUAGAAGUGCUACCAGUCCUAAGAAGACAUAAAAAGAGAUGAAUAAGAGCACAGUUAAUGAAGCUUCAUCUGAAAUUUUAGUUGCUGAAACAUCCAAGAAAAGGAGCCACAGUAGUAGUAGAGAAACUGACUAUGAACAAGUAGGACAGGCUAACCCUUUUUCUGUAAGGUUAAGAAGAGCAAGCGGAGAUAAACCAACCCAAACAUUUUAUUGAGGUCUGGAUUGGGAGGAAAGCAAGCUUCUUCUUAAUUCAUCGUCAUGAUUCACAUUUCACAAGAAAUUGAUCAUCAAUUU